AUGCCAGGCGCGAUUGCCCGGCCCGCGCGGCCAGCUCGUGGAAAGCUGGCCGCCUCCAAGCUCCCCGCAGCAGGCAUCGCCAAGUUCACCCGCGUCUCAAAGGCCCAGAACGUCGGGAAGGAGCCCGGUGAUAAGGGAGCCUCGCUCGAGACUCGACGCACAUCCUCAAUCGAGAUUGUCUUGUCGACAAGGAAGAGGAAGGUGGACAAUGACUUCGAGCUGGUGCCUUCCAUCACGAACAAAGCUCCCAAGCGACCCCGCCAAGAGGCCGAGUCGACGCCAGUCGUGUCUGCCACUUUGUUACCACGCAAGAGGAAGACGGUGACAUUUGCGGAGCCCGAAGCCGUCACCAGCUCGCCAGUUCACCACACCCCUACACGCACACCCUCGUCGAGCAGGAAGCGCCAUUUCCAGCCAGACGAGCCUGCUCAGCUCACGCCACCCGACAGCGACUCCUCAGAAGCCGAGGCUCUAUUCGAGCGCCUGAACCUGCAAGCCUCGCCCUCUCGCAAGCGGACCAAGACCUGCGUAGCCCAGAGCGACGGGCCCGAUGGCAACCUCAGCCUGCCGCGAGAGCUCCUCGACCUCGUCGACCUCCAGGCGGCGUUCCUCAAGACGCUCAGCAUGCAGUACGCGCACAACAGCAGCAACUCGCCCAUCGACCUGCGCACGCUCUGCCCAUCGGCCACGCAGGCCUGGGGCAAGCGCAAGGUGACGGCCGACGACAUCCGCAUCUGCGUCGGCGUCAUGACGUGGCCCCCAGCAGUGGGCAAGCGGACAACAACAACCACAACACAACAACUCCCCUUCUUCCUCUCCGACUACGGCCGCGGCAAGAUCUGCGUCGAGUUCCACGCCGACGCCGAGCGCGGCCCGCUGCGCGAGGCGGCGCUCAACGCCAUGUUCGAGGCCGGCCUGCGGGCGCUGUGGCAGCAAAGCCGCGGCCGCGGCCAAGCGACGCAGCUAUUCCUGGCCACGCUGCCCAAGGCCGCCGUCAAGACGUGCGCGUCGGUCGCCAAGGCCGCGCCCAUGCUCGCCCGCGGCCAGCGCACGCUCGAGGAGCUCAAGAACGGCGUCGUCCGCAAGCUGCAGGAGAAGCAGGACAAGCUGCAGGCGCGGCAGCAGGCCACCACCACCACUACAGCAGCAAUCCCCGCCCUCCUCAACCCCGACGGCACCAAGAUGACACUCCUCGACCGCAUCCGGCGCAAGGAGCAAGCGGCCGCACAGAGCGGACAGACGGCACCCACAGCCGCACAACUGCAGCGCGAAGCGGCGCUACACCGCGUGGACGAAGUAGCCGGCGUGGUCGGCAUGCUGUGCACGGCGACAGGCGGCCACGGCCAGGCGCGCAUCUCGUUCACGCUGGCGGCGGUGCUGAUCAAGCUCAACGACUCGCUGCGCAACGCCAUCUCGCAGGAAGACGGCGCCGCGUGCGUGCGGCUCCUGGCCUCUGAGAUCGCGCCCCAGUGGCUGCGUAUUGUCACGGUCGGCGGCAGGGAGAACGUGGUCGUGCAGACGGGGUUCCAGCCUAGCAGGGCUCAGGUGCAGGAGCGUGUCAGGGCCCUUUUGGGGUAA